UUCUUUCUUUCUACUUUCUCCUGUUAGAGCCUAUGUUGGUUUUUUCAUCCAAGAAUGAUGAAAAACACAAGUUGCACCACCAACUAACCUUGUACUUGAAAGUGGAGUAAAGGCUUUGGGGGAGAAAACAAUUGAAAGGGUUUGAUAUGGGUGGGAGCAAGAAGAGGAAGAGGAAGAGAAACGAAGAGCAAAGGGGAGGCACAGUGUAUUCAGAAAGAGAAAACCCACCAGACUUUGCUCUUUUGGCUUCUCUCUACCCUGAAUUUCACCCUUUUGUUCAAUUCUUACAUUCUCACUCUCGCCCCACCAUCGAUUGGACCGACUUCAAUGCCACUCGCCAACUCACGCGCGUCUUGCUCCAUCAUCGCCACGCUCUCAACUGGUGGAUUCCUGAUGGAAACCUCUGUCCAACUGUGCCAAACAGGUCCAAUUACAUUCAUUGGCUUCAACACCUUCUCUCAUCUGACAUCAUUCCAAACACCAUUUCAAGUGAUGGCAAGUUCAGGGGAUUUGACAUUGGAACUGGAGCCAGUUGCAUUUACCCCCUUCUUGGUGCUUCUCUUCAUGGAUGGAGUUUUGUUGGAUCAGAUGUGACUAAUGUUGCAAUUGAGUGGGCGGAGAGAAAUGUUAAUAGUAAUCCACAUAUUUCUCAACUGAUUGAAAUCAGAAAGGUUCAAGACAAUGCAAGUGAUCCCUGUGUGGAAGUUGAAGAGUCGGUGAAUGGUGACAAGAUUGCUUUGUGCGGGAGUACUGAUGUGGAGGUAGCUCCUUUGCCUCUUGAUUUGCAUGCUUGCGAGAAUAGGAAUUAUCAUGGGCCUCCCAUACUUGUUGGUGUGGUAAGGGAUGAUGAGAAGUUUGAUUUCUGCAUGUGCAAUCCACCAUUUUUUGAAAGCUUGGAGGAGGCUGGACUCAAUCCCAAAACUUCUUGUGGUGGAACUUCUCAGGAAAUGGUUUGCCCUGGUGGUGAGAGGGCCUUCAUUACUCGUAUUAUUGAAGAUAGUACUCAACUGAAGGAUCAAUUUCGGUGGUUCACUUCAAUGGUAGGUAAAAAAUCAAAUCUCAAGUACCUUACAUCAAAACUUUGGGAGGUUGGAGUUGCCGUAGUGAAGACAACUGAAUUUGUCCAAGGCAGGACAUGCCGGUGGGGGCUUGCUUGGUCUUUCUUGACUCCCCUGCAGAAGACACCAGUUUCUUUGCCCGACAAGAAAAACACGUCCUUCAUGCUUGAGGGUCUUCAACGCCAAUAUGCAGCCAUUAAUGUGUUGGAAGCUGUCAAUUCUUAUUUCUCUUCACAUGGCCUAUCCUGUACAUUGAAUACCUCCUCUUUCACCGUGGAUGUUGCAGCAGCAAAAGAUGACUGUGAUUUGAUCUUGAGGAAUGGAUUACCCAUUAUCAAUAAAUCCAUCGAUUGCCAACCUACAAGAGAGGCAUCUAGUGGAUCAAGCUUGAAUCUCUCUUCCGAGAGAUUAUGCUUUUAUAUAUCGGUUUUUCAGCAAAUCCCUGGGACACUGUUGGUGAAAGGUUCAUUACAAGACAGGAAUAGCACAUUAUCGGGAGCAUUCUCGAUGAUUUUCCAAAAACUAGAGGAAGCUUUGCGGGAUAAAUUUUGUACUAAAUGAGUUUAGGGUUUUGAUUAUUUGAUUUAUUGUUUGGGACAGUGACUGUAUAUGAAAUGGGAUGUUGAGAAGUUCUUCAGUGCUAAUUUGUGGACUAAUGAUUUAUACAAAGCAAGUAGUGAUUAUUAUUUUGUUCACCAAACCUUUAAGAAACAUUCAGUUGGUUUGAAAUUGUACUUAGUGGGAGCUGAAUUUAAGAAUGUCAAUCUAACUUUCCAUUUAUGUAUUUGACAAUGAACAGUUUUAGUACUUGCUCGAUU